AUGGGCCAGCCAAAUAUAUCCCAGGGCAAUGCAGCCGGAACAUACUUGACGGCCGCCGCUUCGUCCUAUACAACGUCGGCCACUACCUAUCCUACUCUUACCGAAGAAUCUCCGCUAUUUGUUCCCUCAAAUUCUCAUCAACAAGAUGAGGACCGCAAAGCUGAGAAUAACGAAAUCCCUGAUGGAGGUCUCGUGGCCUGGACCCAGGUUCUGACAGGACACUUAGUCGUGUUCAAUGUAUGGGGCUAUAUCACAUCGUAUGGAUUCUUCCAGGAAUACUACGUUCAAACUCUCGAUAUCAGCCCAGCGAAUGCAUCUUGGAUCGGAGCGGUGCAGAUGUUCCUCGUCCAUUUUCUGGCCUCUCUCUCAGGCAGAGCAAUGGACGCGGGUUAUCUGAGACAAUGUAUCACUCUUGGAUGUUUUUUUCAAGUUGCAGGAGCAUUGGCCACCUCAUUCGGCACAAAGUUAUGGCAUUUUUGGCUAGCGCAAGGCAUCGUCAGUGGGAUUGGCCACGGACUUGUCUUCAGCCCCAUGAUUUCGCUGUACGCGACAUACUUCAACUCCAAGCGAGUGAUGGCCGUCUCGCUGGCUUCUUGUGGAGCAGCGACUGGAGGGAUGGCAUUUCCUGUGGUCGCUUACAAGUGUUUCGACAAUAUUGGAUUUGCAUGGACUGUCCGGAUCAUGACUGCCAUUAUCCUGUUCAACAGCAUUAUAAUUGUCAAGUACACCAGAUCUCGGAUUAUACCUCGGAGUCCUCCUCCCUGGAUUGAUUUCAGUGCGUUCCACGAACGCCCUUACCUCCUUUUUUCGAUCGGCUCAUUCCUGAUCUUCGAAGGUAUUUACUUUGCAUACAUAUAUCUUAGACAGUAUGCCCAAGCUCACACAGGAUUUACUGCAUCAGAUUCACUUCUCCUCCUGAUCCUGAUGAACGGCGUUGGUGUUCCGUCCCGCAUCGCAUCUGCAUUCGUGGCAGACCGGUGGCUGGGUGCGGUAAGGACUUGCAUUGCAGUCUCAAUCCCUUGCGGUAUCGCCAUUCUAGGGUGGAUUGGUGUACACACCCAUGUUGGCAUGUUCAUUUGGGCCACGGUCUAUGGGUUACUGGUUAAUUGUGCGCAGAGCCAAUUGCCCGCUGCGAAUGCGUACUUUGGAUCCAAAGACCCGGAGAAAUCCGGAACACGUGUUGGGAUGAUCACCACGAUCAAUAGCAUUCCACUAUUAACUGGGCCGUAUAUAGCAGGACAGCUAAUCGCGUUACGGGAAGGCGAUUACUUACCUUUUCAUUACCACCUUCCAUUGUUCCCAGGGUUCCAACUGCUGGACGUGGCCGCCCCACUGGACAUUCUCAACAUCCGUACCCAGUACCCUGACACAUCAGCCAUCACUCUGACUGUAUCAGCUGCAACUCUCGACCCGGUCUCAGUGAAACCAAUCCCACCUGCUAGAGCCAAAUGGCGAUUUGAUCUGCCCGCCUCAAACAUCAAUACAGCUUGCAACCAGCAAAUUUUGCCACAAUGUACCUUUGCUGACGUGAUCUCUGCCCUGAAAGCGGGGAAAGUUGCCGACGAUGGCAGUGGCGAGUUCAAACCUAUUGAUGUGUUGAUCAUCCCAGGUGGCCCCGGGACACGUUUGAACCGUGUUUACAACACUAGUACUACAUCCGAUGAGGUUAAAGUCUCUAACACAAAAGAGGUUCAGGAUUUUCUCAUCGCUGCUGCACCCUAUGUCCGCCACAGCAUCAUUACUGUCUGCACGGGCAGCCAUCUCCUCUCGCAGACUGGUCUUCUGGAGGGACGCCAGGUAACUACGAAUUCAGCUCGCUAUGACGAUGUCAGUAAACAAACGAGCGAUGUGAAAUGGCAGCGCAAUAGACGAUGGUUGCGUGAUAGUAUUCCUAAGGAUGCGGUGUCUGACGGCCUGUCGUUCCUGCCUGGGAUUGAGAUAUGGUCAUCUGCUGGAAUAACUGCAGGUAUUGAUGUGAUGCUGGAGUUUAUUUCGGCGCAUUACGGUGGCAUCGAAGUCGGAAUCGAGACUGCAAGGCGGAUGGAGUAUCGCUGGGAGCGAGAGAAGGAAGCUUCUUACUUCCUGUGA